AUGAAGUCCAUCCUUGUCCCAGCUCUCUCCCUUGCCUCCUUGGCUUGGGCUGCGAAGCCGAAACCCCUCGUUACUCCGGAUGCUCUGCAAGACCUCAUCAAGCUCGAUGACCUCCUCGAAGGUUCGCAGCAACUCCAGGACUUCGCCUACGCCUACCCCGACCGCAACCGUGUCUUCGGAGGCAAAGCCCACAACGACACCGUCAACUGGCUGUAUCGCGAGCUCAAGCGGACCGGCUACUAUGAUGUCUACAGGCAGCCGCAGGUGCAUCUGUACACCAAUGCCGAGCAGUCGCUGACUGUCAACGGAGAGGCCAUCGAAGCCCAGACCAUGACGUACUCUCCCAGCGCCAACGCGACCGGUGCUGAGCUCGCCGUUAUUUCCGGGCUUGGCUGUGGUCCAGCCGACUUCCCUGCUGAUGUCGCCGGCAAGGUCGCCCUCAUCCAGCGUGGAAACUGCACGUUCGGCGAGAAGUCGGUGUACGCCGCUGCUGCAGGUGCCUCGGCCGCCAUUGUGUACAACAACGUCGAGGGAACAGUCUCUGGUACUCUCGGUGCUGCGCAAAGCGAACUGGGUCCGUACGCGGGUAUCGUGGGAAUCACGCUUGCAGAUGGUGAGGCUCUAAUUGCCCUUACUGAGGCGGGUCCUGUCACUGUCGACCUGUGGAUCGAGUCCGUCAUGGAAAACCGGACCACGUACAACGUCAUUGCUCAGACCAAGGGCGGCGACCCCAACAACGUCGUUUCGCUCGGUGGCCACUCUGACUCCGUUGAGGCUGGUCCUGGUAUCAACGACGACGGCUCGGGCAUCAUCUCCAACCUCAUCAUCGCCCGUGCCCUGACCCAGUUCUCCACCAAGCAUGCCGUGCGCUUCUGCUUCUGGACCGCCGAGGAGUUCGGUCUGCUGGGAAGUGAGUACUAUGUCUCUUCGCUCUCGCCUGCCGAGCUCGCCAAGAUCAGACUGUACCUGAACUUCGACAUGAUCGCGUCCCCCAACUACGGUCUCCUCUUGUACGACGGAGAUGGAUCGGCAUUCAACCUGACUGGCCCCGCUGGCUCCGAUGCCAUCGAGAAGCUCUUCUACGACUACUUCCAGUCCGUCGGCCAGGCGACCAUGGAGACCGAAUUCGACGGCCGCUCCGACUACGAGGCUUUCAUCCUCAACGGCAUCCCGGCUGGUGGAGUGUUCACCGGCGCGGAGGGCGUCAAGACUGAAGAAGAGGUUGCGCUCUGGGGUGGUGAGGCCGGUAUUGCGUACGACGAGAACUACCACCAGGUCGGCGACACCUUUGACAACCUCAACACCGAGGCGUACUUGAUGAACUCCAAGGCCACGGCGUUUGCGGUCGCCACGUACGCCAACGACCUGAGCACAAUCCCCAAGACCAAUGUGACGACUGUUGUCAAGCGGUCCGAUGUGAACGGACACAUGCACCGCCGGACUAUGCCUAAGAAGCGCCAGACUGUGCACCGCCACAGUGCGAAGGGAUGCUUCCACAGCCGGGAGGCUCUGUAG